AUGGGAUCCUCCAAAGAGAAAAAUGUGGCUCGGUCACCGUCGUGGAAGGGCAUGCUCGGCGAUAUAUCAGCGCGUUCAUAUUUUGAGAGCUGCCAGUCAAUUGCCGACUUCGACUAUAUCGCUUUCCUUCGAUUCUCAGAAUCUAAGCAACUAACUAAGGACCAAUGUGAGAACCAGUGGGACGAGGCUCUUACUCACCUCACGUCGAAUACUCACAAGGGACUUCAAACAAAGGGUGCUUCCUUAAAAAAGCGAUGGCAGAAAAAGGAUCAUGUGGACAAUGCGAACGUAUUCUGGUCUGCGGUGAAGCGGAAGCGUGAACUGGACAGGGGGACAUUAGAAGUACAGGUUACUGUCGAUGAGUACUGGAACAAGCGAAUUCGAAAUGACUACUCGUCCCCAGCAGUACAAGACCCUACAACCUCCCUAGUCUUGCAGCAGUCGACUAGCUCCUUUGCGUCUUCUGCACUUUCUGCACUUGUACCAUCGCCUGCCCAUUCUAUCGUCGCAUCAACAGCCGUCGUAUCUUCUUCCGAAGAAGAUCCUAGCAAUGGCGAGCCGGACAUGUAUCGAUUCCGAGAGCGAUUCAAGAGUAUGAAGGAUUCAUACAAGUGGAAACUCCCAUCUGGGCGGUAUGCGGAAAAUAUCCUCUUCGAAAUAGGGCGCCAUAUUCGGGAGCAAUGGUACAAUAUGGCGGACAAACGAGCGCGUGAGGCGUUCUCUGACGAGGACUGGGACGCCAUCAGAAGCCGUGCAACAGCGAUUGAAGAACCAACAUUGCACCCGGUAGUGGAGCGGUACUUGUGUGGUUUCAAUUUGUCUGGAUCUAGUAUGAAGUUGGACAAGCUGAAAGCCGCAACCUUUAUCGAUGGUAUGGAGGGGGCUGAUCUUGGACCUCUAGGGCUUGCAAAAGAAGAUCAGAUACGGUAUGAGCUGGAGUUAGUCAGAAAGCUGAUGCUAGACUGGUGGUUCUUGUAUCGGAAAGAAUCUGGCCCAUUUACAGCAGGCACCUUGCUCUCAGAGGCAUGGUGGUCCUCCCACUGCUUCUCCAUCUUGGGUCAUCUUGUCGACGACAUCAACAGUUGCUACGCAAUCAAUGGCGAAAAGACGGGUCUGGAAAGUAGCCGACGAAAGAAUCGUCACCGACCUGAGGAGCCUGUCAAAGCCAUUCGCAAGAAGAUAGGGACCAAGAGUGAUGUCUUCAUUAGGACAUUGGGACACACUUCCAGGGAUUGGUCUGUUGUGGAAUCAGGUCAUCUCUGGGAUUCUUUUGGCAACAAGGUGAUAGGCGAAAGCCGUAUCAAAGUAUCACGACAGUUGCAUGACAUUCUCUUCCAUCGCGCUCAAGAGACAGCAUGGAAUGAUAUGUUUAUUAAUCAAGCAAAAGUGAUCGGUGUCGUGACAGGCGGGUCGAUGUUGACAAGGAUGGACUUGGUGUUCGGUGGCGGGCGUUAUACCACAGUUCUCAAAGGACAAGGGCUCUUUAAGAUGGCGGAAACACUGAAUCAAUUCAAGCUCAACUUAAAAGUUGCCAAGCUCUUGCUACAGACAAGGGGCCUCAUCAUCAACCUGAUGACUCUGUUCAACCAAUGUAUAGAGGACAAUGAGGCGGAAUCAGACGAAAAUGAAGGACAGGACUAUGUGAAUGAACUCAUCGCAUCAUCCCCAAGCGGAGAAUAUGGCAAAGAAUAG